ACAUUAUAUUACGCCAUAUAAUACGCAUUGGUUUUUUAAUUGUCGUUUAAAUGAUUAGCAGCAGAUUUGUAUCCCAUGCUUGUUUAAUUAUUACUAUAAUUAUGAUAAUUCUGAAAAAGUACUGAAGUCAAAUAUAUUGAAAUAUAUUACUGAUUUGGAUGAUGCUAUCAUCUACGACAACAGCUACUAAAGCUGCAAUGACUGCCACACAACAACCUGUCAUAGUUAGUAAUAAACAUCAUAAAAAAAGUGUUUUUGUAAACUUUAUUGCUGGAGGAGUAGGUGGAACAGCUGGCGUUUUUGUAACAUGCCCACUUGAUGUUAUUCAAACACGGUUACAGUCUAGUAUAAUAUUAAAACCUAGUUCUUUAGCAAAUGGAGUCUCAGUUAAACAACCUCUUGCUGGCAGAUAUGGCUCAAAGGUUUUUUUAUAUAUGUUGCAUAUUGUUAAAACAGAAGGAUUUUUUGCGUUAUAUAGAGGUAUUGUACCUAAUUUAAUUGGUAUUGCUCCAAGUAGAGCAACAUAUUUUGCUGUUUACACAAAAACCAAAUCAGUUCUUAACAACACUCAACUUUCUAAUAGCUCCUGGACACACAUGUUUUCUGCUCUUUCUGCUAGUCUUUCUGUUUCAACCUUGACUAAUCCAAUAUGGUUUAUGAAAACAAAAUUACAGUUAGAUACAAGUGUUAAACGAAGAAGUGUGAUUGAAAUUGCCAAGGAGGUCUUUCGAAAUGACGGAAUUCGUGGAUUUUAUAGGGGACUUUCAGCUUCAUAUUAUGGAGCUUCAGAGACAAUGAUUUAUUUUGUUCUGUAUGAAAAAAUAAAAAGCAUUUUAAAUGAAAAAAAUAGUCUUAGUGCUGUGGAUGUGAUAACAGCUUCUUUUUUCGCAAAGACAAUUGCUGCAAUUUCCGUCUAUCCACAUGAAGUGGUUAGAACAAGGUUGCGCCAAGAAUCUUCAGCUUUUUCUGGUAAUAGAAAUUAUAGUGGUUUUUUCCAAACAUUGUUUAAGGUUUUUAGAGAAGAACGUUGGGCUGGACUUUAUGGAGGUAUGGGUGCACAUUUAAUGAGACAAGUACCAAACACUGUUAUUAUGUUUGCAACUUAUGAAGCAGUAGUAAAUUUAUUGUCAUAGUUACAUAAAGGACUCGAUGAUAAUAUAUUUUGUCUUCUGCCUACUCCAGUCAGGUUAUUAUUGUAAUUAUAUAUAUUUAUUAGAUCGUAAAGAUAACAUUGUAAAAUGUGUGCAUAUUGAAGAAAUAAUAAUAAUCCUACUAAUAAAAA